AUGCUCUUCAACGCCCAAACCGCAAUAUCCACGUCAGCGGUCCUCCUCGUCCCCUACUACAGCUGGCACGUCCCCCGCUACCACGAAUGGAUGCAAGACGAGGAAAUCCAAGAAGCCACCGCUUCGGAACCUCUCACUUUGGAGGGCGAAUACGCUAUGCAGCGCAGCUGGCGCAAUGAUGCUGAUAAGCUUACGUUGAUUGUUUGUCUGCCUCAACCACAUCAUCAACAACAACAACAGCAGCAGCAGCAGCAUCAACAACCAGAAGGAGAGCAAAACCACUGCCAUCACCAACUAAACGUAGAAGACGACAGUCCCCCGCGCAUGCUAGGCGACAUCAACCUCUUCCUGCGCGUCGAAGAAGACUCCGACGCCGAAGAAGAAGACCUCAAAGCCGAGAAAGCCCGAGACCGACUGGACCCGGGCCCGCGCAUCGCCGGCGAAGUCGAGCUCAUGAUCGCCGAGAAGAAGAACCAGGGCCGCGGGUUCGGCCGCGCCACGCUGCUGUCGUUUCUGCGGUACGUCGCUGCGCACGAGAGCGAGAUUGCGCACGAGUUUAUCGGCAGUGAGGAUCCGUCUGUGAGGGGGUUUUUGGAGCGUGGGGGCGGCCGAGGCUGUCGCGGUUGA